GUGUAACAACCUUAACCCUAAAGCGAGCGAGAUGGAAUGGACCAUGUCCAGAGCCCAGAGUCCAGCACCUCAGACCGUUCACCCAAUCCACUUGAUACCCAGUUGAACCCAAUUUUGUUGAUAUAACGUUUCCCUGGAAAGGUGCACCGCACAAUGGGAGUUAUGCGAGCCGAGUGGUAAUGCAAUACUUUCUAUUUCAAUGCUAUGGUUACAUCAACCUGGCCCAGUCCUAGGCCCAAUUGCGAAUCUUUCACUUUCGGGGACUGGGGGCCUGGGACUAUAAAAGCCGCUGAACCGAUGGCAGCCACUCGCAUUUUCCCAGCGAGAUCCGUUUCGGUUAGGUGGAGACCAGGUACAAUAAUGUGGAGAUUCCUACUGAUCUGUAGCAUUCAGCUGAUUUGCGCCUCCGAACACAGCGGCGAAGGCUUUGGCGGAGGAGGUGAUGGCCACUACGGAGGAAGUGGCAGUGGAGGCAGCGGCAGUGGAGGCGACUUCCAUCACCACACGCCCACCACAUAUUCGGAGAUCUCCAAGCAUGUGCCCGUUCACGUGAUCGAGAAGGUGCCACUACCCAUUCCGCAUCCCGUGGCCGUCCAGGUGCCCAACGUAAUCCGACUACAAAUCCCAGAGCCCUACGCCGUUCAUGUUCCUGUCCAGCAAGAGAUCCAAAUACCAGUCUACAAAAUAGUUCCGGAGAUCACAGAGAAGAAAAUCCCCUACACAGUGGAGAAACCAUACCCGGUGGAGGUGGAGAAGCCGUAUCCCGUUGAGGUGAUCAAGCAGAUCAAGAUCCCGGUGCCGAAACCCUAUCCGGUUCCUAUCACCAUCUACAAGCAUGUCCUGCAAAAGGAGCACGGCUGGUAGUGGCUCUAAUGGGUAUA